AUGUCUUGGUCAAGCGGAACUUUAGAACAAAUACCAGUGGAAAUCCGUUGCUACACGGAUGGCUCUAAAUUGGGAGACAUAGUGGGCUUGGAACACCGAAAAACCGCUGUCAAGCCUGGUGAUAAGGAACAAGAGAAGAAGGCUUCGGCUACUACUUCUGCCGCUCGCAAAAAGGAAAGUGCAGCAAAGCCGGAUCAAGCUAAAAGAUCUGCUGCUGCUACUAAAAAACCAGUUGUCAAGAAAGCCUCUCUUACACAGAAAGUUGCCUGUAAGGCUAAGCCAAAAACUAAGAAUACCAAAAAGAAGGCUGCUGCUGGUAAGAAGCACAAACUCUCCUCGAAGGCUAAGGCUGUAGCUUUGCUAAAGCCUAAAAAGGCCCAGAACAAUAUUAUCAAGGACGCUUUAAGUACCCGUGUACGCAAAGUAAGAACAAACGUACAUUUCCGCAGACCUGCGACCUCGAAAGUGGCCAGCAACCCCAAGUACCCAAGGAAGUCUGUACCCAGAAAUCGCAUAGACGUUAUGUAUCUGAUAACAGAUAAUGUUUGAUACAAUUUGCUCGUGCAUUUGUAUGAGGGCAUAAUUUGACCAUGCAGUUAACAAAAAUACAGGACGA